AGCUAAUAGCAAUGUAACGACGUUAAACACAGCCAAGCCAAAGGUUUCCCCGUUUAUCUGUUGUCAACUGCUAACGUUACUAUUUUUGUAGUUGAUAUGAAUACUUUCCAUAGGAAACAGUGUUAACUGACUUUGCGAUGUGCAUAAAUAAUCGAAUCCAACAAAAGAAUAAAUGCAAAUCGUAUAUAAUAUGCGUUGACAAAACUGUGGAAAACAUUGGAAGACUCCCACCAGAUUUAUUGGCAGAAACAUGUCAGCAGAUUCUGAGUCAUCUCCAAGGACAGGUCAGGGGAGUGGAUUCCGCUGAAAUCUCUGAUAAGUUUCAAAGAGCUGGGAUCCGACUUGACCAAGAGGCUCUACAGGAGGUUGUCCAAUUUCUCUUCUUAACGUUCAGGUCGACUGAAAAGAACAACCUCUCUGCUGAUGUACUGGUAGCUAGGCUGGGAGAGGGCAGCAGUAAGUGGUCCAAAGCUGCCCUUCAGGUGCUCCAUCGGCUAUGGAGUGAUCAGGGUGCCCUAGUCAACACGCACCAAGAGUCCCAAGCCAUGCUUAGCAUCGGACAGCUGGUGGACAUGCAGUGGAAGCUGGGCAUGGCGGUGAGCUCGGACACCUGUCGCUCUCUCAACUCCCCCCACGUCUCCCUCCUGUUGAAGAUCGCAGACACCUCUGGACAGAUCUCCCAACGGUCCUUUGAAAUGACCAUUGCACAAUUCCAGAACUUCUACAGGCAAUUCAAGGAGAUGGCAGCUGUUUUGGAAACAGUAUGAUGUUCUGUGGCCCAGAAACCCCUCCUUGAUGAGAAUGCCAUGCCCUUAUUUACAUUAUUGGUAAUGUUUACGCUCAAAGCAUUUUGUGUCCACGAAUGCUGAAUUCCAGUGGUGUAAAAAUACUUUAAAGUAUCUGUACUUUACUAUUUACAUUUUUACUUCACUACAUUCCCAAAGAAAAUGAUGUACUUUUUACCCUAUACAUUUUCCCUAACACCCAAAAGUACUCAUUUUGAAUGCUUCGCACACUUAUUAAGAGAACAUCACUAGUCAUCCCUACUGCCUCUGAUCUGGCAGACUCACUAAACACAAAUGCUUUGUUUGUUUAAAAUAAUAAAAAAAAUACAAAUGGAGUAAAA